GAGACCCCCAAUAAGCAGCCAGCACCCUAGCUCCUCUCACCUUGUUGAGGCCUUUUGUGCAGCGUGAGCAUUUCCAAGAGCACUGGCUUGAAAAGCAAGACAGCAGUAGGUCAGGAGAAGAAGAAGAAAGGAAGUCCAAACGACCCUCAUGGUUUCCGAAAUAACCAACGACUUUGGCUGGGCUCCAAACCCGUGUCGACAUCGUCGACGUUGUCGUCGUCGUCGUCGUCCCUCUCACUCUCCUUGCUGCUGCAGCCGAUCCUUUCUUCUCCUCGACGCGGACGAAGAUAGAAUAAAGAAAAGAAAAAAAAAUCCUCGUUCGUUACUCCACCUCUCUUGACGAAGAACAAAAAACAUAAUUAUCCCGGGCCUAAAGAAAGAAGAAAGACGAAGCAGCAAUUCGUGGAGGAGUGGCGUUGUUCCUCGUCUCUCUGAUGUCGUCCCGCGGUUCGCCGCAGUUCUUGUCGGGAUCUCAAAUGGCCGCUCCCUUUGGUCCCGAAUUUCCCCCAGCAUCACCUGCUGCUGUGCUGUCCUUCUUUGUCAACUUUAUAUGAGCAAAUAAUCAGCGCGAACAUUUUGAACAAGAAACACGGAGCUCUUUUUUUUUAAAGAGAUGACGAAGCAUUAUUGCUGCCUGGAAAUUUGCUUCGCUGUUUUGCUCGUUUUCGAGCUUGUGAGUGGGAACGUGCCUCAUCAUCACGAAGACAGUGUCAAGUUCAUCGUUUCUUAUCCCAUCAAAAUAAGGGGUGAAUAUGAUUUGCCCCUGUGCAAUUCCACAUUUUCGCCCUGCAACAUCCUGGAGCUGCGGUUUUGGAGACCGAUGUUGAUCCAGCGUCAGUGUUUGUGUCCUGCCAGGACGACCUGCCCUUUCAACUGGUCAAACAAUGACUCGGAUAAUUCCACCGUGUGGAUCAGCAACAGAUCUCAAAUGAAGUUCUGCGCUCCAGUGAAUUUGGAGACUUGUUCAGACUCGCCUUCCGUCGCUGCAGCGGAACUGAGCACCUUUUCAGAAAUGGUGUCCCCGAGGGAAUAUGCGAGACUGGACUCUGACGACACUAGAAAGUCCUUGGCAGUUGUGCACAAGGACACCGUGCUGUUUUGCAUUUGCCCUCGGAGGCGCUACUGGAGUCCCCUGGGUGACCCGGUCAAGGAAACCGGGCCCAAGAACGUCGUCGUUGUCAAGCAAAAAUUCAGCUGUGCUCUGUUGGACUAUUGCUACCAAGGGGACUUUUGCGGCCACAUCCGGGCUGACCUGUUCUCCACGUACCACCGGUGCUUCUGCCCCCCGGGCCACCUCUGCGUGUUCGACACGGACCGCAACACGACCCACGUGGACGAAUUCCACUUCCAGGGACCAGCUCUCAGUGGCCAGUGUUUGCUGGACGACUCGGAAGACCGGAAGUAAAACAUCAUUACUGUAACUGUAUACACAAUCAACGACAAGUUGACAAUGAUGUCUCAUCCGUUGCCAUUCAUUCAUUCAUUCAUUCAUUCAUUCCUGCAUGCACUCGACGAUUUCACAAACGAAACAGUAUUUCUUACUUGCAUUCAGCACGGACUCAUUCAUAAGUUGACGACGAUGAUACGAAGCACUGAAAUCUUUUACAAAAAGGUCUACUUGAUCUGGUGUCUAUAAAAUGUAGCGAGAAAUCAGUCCCUUUCAGUCCAAUUAUACAGCAUUGAAUGUUCCGUAUACUGUAUACAGUCGUCUGAGUAUACAUUGUGUCACACCGACCGUCAUAAUACAGGAUAUAAGUUUACAUUUACAACGAGUCAGGGCAAAUUAACUACAUUUCUGCUUCCAUUUGAAAUUUUUGUCUAUGCAUACAAUUUCCGUCAGCUGUCCCUUCAAUAAUUGAAAAUUACUUACGAUUUAAAUGUUCAUUUAAAUGUUACCCUGCUUAAGAUGAGGUAUUUAUUUUUGGAAUUGAGUACUGUAUUCCAAAACAUUUGUAAAAACCACAUGCGGAUUCAUGUCUCACCCAAUCAACUGUGGAAUGCCGUCGUUUCCGCUGCUGUAACGUAACUUUGAGACCCUCGGUUCGAGACGAAGUCUUUCAGAAUUCAUCUGGCGAUAAAUUUGAAUAGAGAUAACAACGCACUUAUUUGUUUUGGCAUCCAAAUAGCGACUCUCCUGUUGAAAGAGAAGAAAAUAAAGAUCGUUCGUUCACGGCAGUUUCGGGGGAAAAAGGGGGGGGGGGGGGGCGAAGACGAUGAGGAAAUCGAUGCUGUUUGAGUGAGAGCCAUAUUCUCUUCGAUCCAUGAGUGCCCAUCAGCAGUGAACUCAAUAAUACGGGACAUGCAUGCAGGAAAACUGCCAAGAAAACUGGCAACAUUUUUCCGAGGGGCGAAAUGUGCUGCAUAUCUGUGGUUUCAUAUUUGUUGCUUGUUUGAGAAAACAGGAAUUUUGUCAUCCUCUUUUCAAAUUA